AGUGAUAGACGGCUCGGUGCCGACUUGUCAUUUUCGGUUGUCGCGUCCGCUGAAAACGGUACAACAUAACAAAAACGUAUUACUAUAAAUAUUAAACAAAAUAUCAAGUGCUCCGGCGUAGCCGCGUAGAUAGGUACCACAGCAGUGCUUACUAGCCGGAAGUCGUCUCCCGUGCCUCUCGAAGUACCCGGCACCCUGCGGCGGACGAACCAUGGACAUCCGGGCUAAGUUCACCGUCUGCGCUGCCGGCAUAUUCGUGUGCUAUUUCUUCUACGGGAUACUCCAAGAGAAGAUCACACGGGGCACGUACGGCACACAGGGUGAAAAGUUCACGUACUCGCUGUCGCUGGUGUUCGUGCAGUGCGUGGUCAACUAUGCGUUUGCGCGGAUCGUGCUCAAAGCGUUCCCCGAAGAAAGCCCCGACACGACGAAUUCGGCGUACUACGCCGUCAGUGCGGUCACGUACUUGCUGGCCAUGAUCUUCAGCAACAUGGCGCUACAAUGGGUUAACUAUCCCACUCAGGUGGUGGCCAAGUCCGGAAAGCCCAUACCGGUCAUGAUUCUGGGUGUGCUGUUGGGAUGCAAGUCGUAUCCGUUGAGGAAAUAUCUGUUUGUACUGCUUGUCGUCAUUGGAGUAGCUUUGUUCAUGUUCAAGGACGGCAAGUCUAAUUCAUCACAGUCAGAUUCUUUGUUGGGUCUUGGGGAAAUACUAUUGAUAUUGUCAUUGACAAUGGACGGUGUAACUGGAGCUGUUCAAGAGAGAAUGCGUAGUGAAUCAAAGACAAAAUCUGGGCAUAUGAUGGUCAACAUGAACUUGUGGUCAAUGAUAUUUUUGAGCAUUGCACUAAUUGGCACUGGUCAAAUAUUUGACUUUAUUAGUUUUGUACAGCGUUAUCCACAAAUAGUAGUACAACUACUGUUAUUCUCAGCAUUUAGUGCUCUUGGACAAUUCUUUAUAUUUUGGACCGUAAGUGAUUUUGGACCAUUACCAUGUUCAAUCGUAACAACUACGAGAAAAUUCUUUACUGUACUUGCAUCAGUUAUAUUUUUUGGAAAUCCAAUGUUAACUAGACAAUGGAUUGCUACUAUUAUAGUAUUUGUAGGAUUAUUCUUGGAUAGUUUCUAUGGUAAGCAACCUGUCAAAAGUAAAUGAUUUUAACAUUCAUUUAUAAUUGAAAGGUGCUUAUUAUAUUUUAUGUGUGAUUGCUUUUGAUAAAAGUAUGUUGAAUUAAUUACAAUAAUAUUGUAUAUUGCAUUCAUUUUAAUAAAAAGAACACAUUAUAUUUUUGAACUAAGUAUUGAGAAAUAGUUCUGUGAUAUGAUAACUAUAUUUAAUACAAAACAAAUAUUUUUUGAGUAAUUGUGUUCAUUAUCUUAUAUCAAUUAACUAAAACAUUCACCAAAAUAUUAUUGUUAUUUUUACCCUCUUCCAAACCCGGGUUAAGAGUUUAUCUGAAUUAUUUAUUUAAAACAUUCAAUAUAAAUCCUAUUUUAUUUAUUAUCAUAUAUUGUUAAAAUUGUAAAUUUUAAAAUAUACAUACUUCAAUCACAGAAAUGUAUGUGUUUAUCAUAUAUUUACUAGUUCUGUUGAAAAUGACAGCUAAAUAUUAUUUUCUAUUCAGAAUAAGAACAGACUGUGCUCAGGUAUAGGAUAUGCGG